CUGAGGUUUGAUAAGCGCGUCUUUCAGUACGUACCAAGCCGUCCAACAGAGUGGAGGAUUGUUCCGUUCUGCUUCGAUCGAGUGUUCUAGCCAGCAAGUUCUCUAUCAUGUGGAUAUCAAACAUGCAGGGACUAACCCUGUUCGGUUGUUGGUGUAUAAUCUACUUAACUGAUUCCGUCACCAGCUUAACCGAACAACGACGCGUCGUAUUUCCUGUCCGUCGUCCAGCAAUGAGGCAGUUGGUGGCCCAAUGCCCAACACCGUACUUUGUCAACGGGGAGGUUAAAAUUCGAAACCGAGGCCGUAUGGUGCGAUUCGACUGUUCGUACGGGUUUAAGCUGGUUGGCAAUCGGUACUCCAACUGCCAAAAUGGCCGCUGGGAUACCUCGACGCCGGUGUGUGUGAAAUCCGGAUGCGAUAUGCUGCCCGACGUCGCUUCCGGCUAUGUGCUGUACGAGUUGAACAAAGCGACCGCGUGGCUCUCGUGCUUUGAAGGAACGGAGCUGGCCGGAUCACGCAAUACGUACUGCAACGGAACUCACUGGGAUCGGCCGUUGGGUGUUUGCCGCCGGACGGGCCAAUCGACCGCUACCACGUGCGACUUUGAGGCGGAAUCACUGUGUGGCUGGUCGAACGAUGCGCUGCACGAUUUUGACUGGAAGCGAAGCGACGGAACGCUAAACCCGCGAGCACUUCGUACCGGCCCCAAGUACGAUCACACCACGAUGCAACCGAAGGCGGGACACUUCAUGAUCGUCGAUUCUGGCGAGCAGCUGACGAACGAUACGGCCCGCUUCAUUUCGCCCCUGUUCGAACCGGAACUUAGCAAUGGCGCGUGCUUCCAGUUUUACUACCACAUGUACGGAGAAUCGGUCGGUACGCUGAACGUGUACGUAAAACCGAUGACCAGCGAUCUGUACGAUGUGAAGCCGGUGUUUGUGCUGCAGGGUAAUCAGAAAAACGUGUGGCACGAGGGACACGUUGAGGUGGCCCAGCAAACCGAGCGGUUUCAGAUCGUCAUCGAAGCAAGCCUUGGACUGCGGUACAAAAGUGACAUUGCGAUCGAUGAUGUGAGCCUGCUGCAGGGUGAGAGUUGCCGAGUGCCGGUUGAGGAUAGUGAAGAUCCACCGUCGGAAGCGGAGAACGUGCCGGUGAAGAUUGAUUCGUGCGAGAACCGGUGCGGUAGCAGUAUGGCGGCUGUACUGAAUAGUAGCGAUACGAUUGUGCACUGCGAUUGCCACGAGGAUUGUGUGACCGGUGAGACCUGCUGUCCAGACUAUCGAGAACGGUGUGUGUUUGAAGUGGCUGGUAUAGUUACGAACGUUAGUACGACGUCCACAGUGCCCACGACGUCUACAACUUCUCCGAAACCUACGACGACAUCGACCACCGUUGCAGCGACUACUAGCACCACACGUUCCACGCCUAGUAGCACAACUAAGCCAACAACGGUUACUACCACCACCACCACUACUUCUACUACUACAACGACUACUACAACCACUACUACUGCUAAACCGAAACCGUCUACUACGACGACGACUACAGCCCCAAGAACAACGACAACCUCAACCGUUGCCACAUCCACCACGAAGCGAUACAACUUACGUCCAUCAAGACCCAUCUUUGUCCCCCUAACCAAUAGACCCCGAACGUUAACCACAACCACCACCACCACCACAGCUUCCCCUACAUCCACCUCAACGGCGACUACCUCCACCUCGACUACGUCCACGCCAGUUACGACUACGACGAAACCCAUCACUACCACCCAAUCGGACAUGGUACUCCAACCGGUAGCGGAAUCCACAACGGAAGAAGUGAUCGCACCCGGUUUGGCCAUUGCACCGAACGUUCCGAUCGAGCAGCUCCAGAAAGCGCCCAGCCUGAUGAAGUUUUUCAUCUACGCCAUAUCGACCGUUACGUUUUUCCUGUGCAUUCUCAGUGUCACGUACUUUUACGCCCGCAAAUCACGCUCCAGCGUGUUGGCACGGUUGAAGGAGAAAUCGCAAAAGAGCGGGUUUGAAGAUAUCCGCUUUUUGGCCGGUGAGGAAGAUCUGGACUUUAACAUUGGCCAUGGAGCAGACGUAGAGGAGGAGCAGGAUGCAAAAAAUAGCGUGUCAAAAACUGCCAAAGCGACGAAGGAAGAGAAGCAACAGCCGGAAGGAAACCGUAUGUCCAAGCAGGACACAAAAUCGGAAGUGACGCGAUCGCAACAGCAGGGCGCACAUGUGCGCAAUGGAGAUGAGAACACCGAUAGUGAUGACUGUACGGAUGAUGAAAGCGGUGGUGCGAAAAAGACAAGCUCAAAGACGAACAAAAAACCGUAUCAGAAAUAUGUUAAAUACCAUGACGAGGAUAUGGAAUCGACCUUACUGUGAGGAGCGAUAAGAGGGUUUUGGUGAAUAGCCGUACGCCGUCAUGAAACCAGCAUAGCAGGGUGCGGGAAAAACGCCCGAUAAGAAGAUGGAAGGGUGCCGUUUUCUGCAUGAUGCCAACAACAACAGGAAGCAUGAUGCGCAUAUGCGUGAUAAAACCAGUGGCAAUGGACCAGCACAACGGAGCAAGGAACCCAUUUCGAGGUGAAUGGCGGAACGCAUUUGCAUUCGGUUCACAGCACAGAUUUUUUAUCACACUAGGAAAAGGUCGAUAGUUUGAAUAUUAAGUUGCCUGUCGUUAGGAGAGUAAGUUUUUGACAAAUAAAUAAUUUAAUCUACCGAUAAAA